AUGCAUUGGAGACAACUUCCUGCUACAGAUGCUGCACAUGCUGCCUAUGAACAGCGCAUUGCUGGAUUUACUCCCAGAAACCAAGAUGACUUACUUGACAACAAAACUACGAACGGUAGCCUUGGAUACAGCGAUCACAACAUUGUGGAGUUUAAGAUUCUGCUAAGCACACGGAAGACCAGUAGUAGGACAAAGACCCUGGAUUUCCGAAGAGCCAACUUCCGUAUGCGCAGAGCCCAGCUACACUAUAAGAAACGUUGUCAAGGCCGGAUGCGGAAACAUGUUGGUGACCUGUGUUUACAAGCUGGCAUGUUACAGGAUUCCUUGGUGCAUUAUCACAUGGCGGUGGAACUUCUGCGGUCUGUGAAUGACUUUCUAUGGCUUGGAGCUGCUCUUGAGGGGUUAUGCUCAGCAUCAGUCAUCUAUCAUUAUCCUGGUGGUACUGGAGGUAAAGUUGGAUCUCGCAGGGCACAAGGAGGUUCUCUUUCUGCUGAGGCAGGCAACAGGCACAGACCAGGGGCACAAGAAGUUCUCAUUGAUCCAGGUGCGCUGACUUCAAAUGGUAUAAAUGCAGAUACCAGUGCUGAGAUAGGACGUGCCAAGAAUUGCCUUAGUCCUGAAGACAUCAUAGAUAAAUAUAAAGAAGCCAUUUCUUACUACGGCAAGUACAAGAAUGCUGGUGUGAUUGAACUGGAAGCCUGUGUGAAGGCAGUGAGAGUCCUUGCAAUACAGAAAAGGAGCAUGGAAGCCUCUGAUUUUCUUCAGAAUGCAGUUUAUAUCAACCUUCGUCAGCUUUCAGAAGAAGAAAAAAUCCAGCGUUACAGCAUUCUUUCGGAGCUGUAUGAGCGUAUUGGUUUUCACCGAAAGUCAGCUUUUUUCAAGCGUAUAGCAGCAAUGCAGUGCGCUGCACCUAGCAUCCCAGAACCCGGGUGGAGGGCCUGCUACAAACUGCUUUUGGAAACUCUCCCUGGCUACAGCUUAUCAUUGGAUCCUAAAGAUUUCAGCAAAGGAACUCACAGAGGAUGGGCUGCAGUACAGAUGCGUUUGCUUCAUGAACUAGUCUAUGCUUCCAGAAGAAUGGGCAAUCCUGCUCUAUGCGUCAGGCAUCUGUCUUUCCUUCUCCAGACCAUGCUGGAUUUUCUUUCUGAUCAAGAAAAGAAAGAUGUAACGCAGAGCUUGGAAAGCUACACAGCAAAAUGCCCUGGUACAAUGGAAUUCAUCACUCUGCCAGAUGGUUUGAAGUUACCUCCUGUUCCGUUCACCAAAUUACCUAUUGUGAGAUCUGUGAAACUCUUGAACCUCCCAACCAGUCUCCGACCUCACAAAAUCAAAAGUCUACUUGGUCAGAAUGUGUCAACCAAAAGCCCCUUCAUAUAUUCUCCAAUUAUUGCGCACAGUCGUGGGGAAGAACGAAAUAAGAAAAUAG